GAAAGAGCUGAAGGCUAUAUGAAAUUGCGCUGAUUUGGCCGCUAUUUUGCACCUCUCGUCCAGCGCCUCCUCUCCGGGGUUUGUUCGGAUAGCUGUGGGGGAAAAGAAAGGAGGGGGAUGCGCGCAGGGUCCUUGAACGCCACAAAGAAGUUGACGAGGCAAACACUGAGUGGACUCUCCUGUUGAUUCAGCUCUUCUUUCCACCGUGCACAUUUCAGGAAUAUUACAGGAGCACACUUCUCACAUCUAUGGCAAAGUUCCUGGCUGAAUUACUAGGAUGCACACUUCCAGACAAGGGCACUCCACCUUUGUUCGAGUGUCGGAGACAACCCCAUCCUGCCCUGAGGCCUUCCAAACAGCGGCCAACGAUUUUUGGGACAUUAACCAACGAGAGAGCACUGUUUAACAACAGCCUGGACAACAUGCCUCAGACACCACCGUUUACAGGGCAGCUGAACACUGGCAGCUACAACAAGAACCUGUACCAGACCAAGGAGGAGGGCUACCCUGGCCUCUUUUAUCAUGACAACAACCUGGUAUCCGGGUCCCUGGAGGCCCUCAUUCACCAUUUGGUUCCAACUGUUGACUAUUAUCCAGAUAGGACGUACAUCUUCACCUUCCUGCUCAGCUCUCGCCUCUUCAUCCACCCGUAUGAACUCAUGUCAAAGGUGUGUCACCUGUGCAUGGAGCAACAGCGACUCAGCGAUCCUCAAGCUGACAAGAUGAGAAUAAGAAAAAUUGCUCCCAAGAUCCUCCAACUGUUGACAGAGUGGACAGAAACCUUCCCAUACGACUUCAGGGACGAGAGGAUGAUGAGGAGCUUGAAGGAGCUGACCCACCGGCUAGCCAGUGGAGAUGAGGUUUACAGGAAGGCGGUUGGCCAGAUGAGCCAGGGCCUGAUCAGGAGGUUGACGGUGCUCAGCCAGUACGAGGAGGCUCUGGUUAAGAUCAACGCCACUGCGGCCGAGCGGUUGACUGCUCUCAAGGCAAAGCCCCAGGCGGCUAUCCAGAGAGACAUGCUGUCCAUCUGCAACGAUCCAUUCACUGUCGCCCAACAGCUCACACACAUAGAACUGGAGAGAUUGAGUUACAUCGGACCAGAAGAAUUUGUCCAGGCCUUUGUCCAGAAAGACCCACUGGACAACGAUAAGAGUUGCUUCAGUGAUCACAAGAAGGCCAGCAACCUGGAAGCAUAUGUUGAAUGGUUCAACAGACUCAGUUAUUUGGUGGCUACAGAAAUCUGCAUGCCCGUGAAGAAGAAGCACCGAGCUCGAGUCAUUGAGUUCUUCAUCGACGUGGCGCGCGAAUGCUUCAACAUUGGCAACUUUAACUCCCUCAUGGCCAUCAUAUCUGGGAUGAACAUGAGUCCCGUGUCUCGGCUCAAGAAGACAUGGAGUAAAGUCAAAACGGCCAAGUUUGACAUCUUGGAACAUCAGAUGGAUCCUUCCAGCAACUUCUACAACUAUAGAACAGCGCUGAGAGGAGCCACACAGAGAUCGAUCACCGCCAACAGCAGCAGAGAGAAGAUUGUCAUCCCUUUCUUCAGCCUGCUCAUAAAAGACAUCUACUUCCUCAACGAGGGAUGUGCCAACAGGCUGCAGAAUGGCCACAUCAACUUUGAGAAAUUCUGGGAACUCGCCAAACAAGUGAGUGAGUUCAUGUCCUGGAAGAAAGUGGAGUGUCCGUUUGAGAAGGAUCGCAAGAUUCUGCAGUACCUGCUGACUGCUCCAGCAUUCACUGAAGAUGCAUUGUAUCUGGCAUCAUAUGAGAGCGAAGGUCCUGAGAACAACAUGGAAAAAGACAGAUGGAAGUCUCUGAGAUCCACUCUGCUAAGCAGGGUCUAAACUUCAAUACUGAAGAAACCAGAACGAUGAAAAACCUGACAAGCGGGCCGUGCCCUGCAACCGCCGCUGUUGUCCGAACAAAGUAUCCCCAUGUUGGAAGGGAAACGACAAUCUCUACUUUGGCUGGCGAGGGUCUUUUGUGUUCCCCCCCAGCUUUAGAUUUCUAUUAAGCUCUGCUUUUCCUUAACCCCCUGCUCUUUGUGCUGUAUAUUUCGAGACAGCUGUUUUUUUCAUCUUUGUAUGACUUUGUAGUCUUUUUGUAAAAAAAAAAAAGAAGAAGAAAAAAAAAAGAAAUGCUACAAACCCUCGAAGUAAAAGCCAGGGUGCUUUUUCUUGUCUUAUGCAUUUUGCCUUCACCUUCUGUGAGCAUUAAUUGAGUCAUUGGGGUUGUUUGUUCCCCGCAAUAUUCCUCAAAGGUUUUUUUUUUUUUUUCCACUGAAGCUACAACGUUAGCUGCUGGUUGGCUAACUCAACAAAAACGCUACUUUUGCUGGUUCCAUAAGCCAGCAAACUUUGUACGGAGAACUCAAGCCUUUCCCGCAACACUGUUUAUCAUUAAGCUAGCCAUUAUUUGUAGUUUUGUUUCGUGUCUUUACUUUUUAGUAGGAGUGAGUAACACUCACUUCAUGUUGCUGAUGGUUUUGUUCAUUGUGAUGUGUAAGGAAAAAAAAUGCACUGGUUGCAAUUUAAAGAUGUAAUAGUUUUGUUUUGUUUUUUUGUAUAAAAUGUUGUGAUUUUCUUCAGCAGGAAGCGACUAGUCAUUUAUCUUUGACACACUCAAAGCCUCAGUGUGCUUUGGAUGAAUUAAGGUAAAGUUCAGUCAAGUGUUUUUCAUUUGGUUGAACAGCAUCUGAAUUGCCGUCCCCCCUCACAUCUCUCUGAUGUCGGAAUUGGGGUUAGAUGAGCACUUCAUUUGAGGAAUACUUAUGCCUUCAGCAGUGAGCUUAAAUGGAAGGUGUGAUGAUAGUUUGUUUCCUGUUGUUCCUGAUAAUCAGUGUUAAAAUAGCCCUCUGCUGCUAAAAAGAUAAGCCAGGCUCUGGGCUGCUAUUCAUACUUUCCCCUUUUGUUCCUGCUCCAAUAUAGAAAAUGAGUGUGGUUGUGCUGCCCCCUGGUGGUUCAGUUUGAAACGUGAAUGGGUUUUGUGUGGUUGAAUAAUGUGAACUGAGGAUUUCUGUUCAAACCCUACAUGUGCUAAAUGAUAUCCUUUUUAUGUUUUUAUUUUUCAUAUUAUUAAAGUAAACUUUCCUCUGUUUGUUUUAUUUAUAAAUCUACUUGUGUAGUCACAUUAUGUCCUCAUGCCAAUAUUUACUAUUAUUUUAUUGUUAUUUAAUUUUGUACUAGGUACAUAACAUGUUUAAGUAGUCCUCAGAUAUUGGCUUAACUAUUAUUAUUUUUUUAUAUACUAGUUUGUAUGAGACACUUAUUUUUCAAGGUCCUAGCUCAGAGUAUGAAGUUAAAUGUUUGACUGAUGUGUGCUUCGCCUUGACUGCUCCUCCCUCAACACUGAGUGCUGUUGUAGUUUAUUUUGUACAUACUGUGUUUCUUUUUUUUCCCCUCUCCCUGUGUUCAUUCAUUUGUAUUUUGACUGUUAAAAUGGAAUAGAGAACCGGUUUAUAAAUUAGUGUUUAAAAGAGAGUUAAUAAAAGAAUGUUUAAAAGUA